AUGGGUUUGAUUGAUUCCAUCGUUUCAGCCACUCUGGUAUCUGCAUACCUCGGUGCUGGCUCUGCUGUAAAUGUAAACGAUCUUGCUCCGUCACUCACAGCGGCAGGAACCACUGUUACUUCCAAGUCUUCCUAUGUGCCACCUCUCUUCCAUGGAGAGAUAAUUCAGUUGACCGACCAAGCUCUUGCAGAUGCAGCUAUCCAGAUUCACAAUGCUACUAUCUCGGAUCUUUUCUCAUUCGGAACGCAUGCCAACAACACCUCGGAAUCCCCAGGCCAUUUACAUAGCUGCAAAGUGCUACCAGGAGACCCAUCCUGGCCGUCUGAUGAUGUCUGGGAAACUUCCAGCUCCUUACUGGGAAACAGACUAAUCCGUGUAGUGCCAUUGGCCGCUUCCUGUUACCCAGAUUGGCCCAACUAUAAUCUUGAAAGUUGUGCCACUGUCGUUGGACAAUGGUUAAAUUCGAGUCUCCACACUGGUGACCCUACUUCAAUAAUGUAUCCUCUAUACGAAGGACGUUCUUGCAUGGCAUCGGGCUUUAACUACACAGGUACAUGCCUUCAAGGUGCUUAUCCUUCAUUCGUCGUGAAUGCUUCCACGGUUGCACAAAUACAACUCGCGGUAAACUUCGCUCGUAAUUCCAACAUUCGCUUGGUGGUGAAAAAUACCGACCAUGACUUUAUCGGUAAAGGCUCUGGAAAGGGUGCACUUUCGAUAUGGACUCAUUGGUUGAAGGACAAGGCGUACUAUCCGAGCUUUACUGCUGCCAAUGGUUAUCAAGGACCAGCAAUCAAAUUUGGGGCUGGUAUACAGGUCUUCGAAGCAUAUGAAUUUGCGAAAGGAUUCGGUGUGACCGUUAUCGGAGGCGAGGCUAUUACCGUUGGUUUGGCAGGGGGAUACACUGCUGGUGGUGGCCGUUCGCCCCUGAGCAGUCUAUAUGGAAUGGCAGCGGACCAGGUCCUGGCUUUGGAAGUUGUCCUUGCUGACGGUAGCUUUGUUACGGCCACUGCAAAGGAAAACCCUGACAUCUACUGGAUACUACGAGGGGGUGGUGGCAGCACAAUUGGGGUCGUCGUGUCUUUGACUACAAGAGUUUAUGCUCAAUUGCAGACCACUACAGCCACUUUCAACUUUACUGUAGCAAACACUCCUAGUGUUGACGCAUUCUGGUCCGCAGUGCAAUCCUAUAUUGACAACAUUGAACGCUUCGUAGACGCUGGCACAUUCGGCUAUUAUGAUGUCGUCGCAUCAGCAAUUGAAUUUGGGACGGAUUACACGGGUGAUAGAGACUACUAUUUUCGCAUGCAGUCAUUUGUUGCUCCUAAUAUGACGAUACCGAGACUCAGGAGCUGCUGGAUCCCUGGUUCAGAGCUCUCGAUGAGCUAA